AUAGGAAUAAUGGCCGCCUUCGUAGCAAUGGAUGGAACGGGGAACUACACAAGAAGCUUAUCAGUGCGUUUUAGCUGACCAGGAAGAGCGUAAAUUACCGGGCACCCCCUCCUACCCGGGUUCAGAACGGAUGGGUAGAGGGGGUCUUGCCAAAGGACACAAGAAACGAAAAAGACUCGGAGAGAAGGGGAGGAAAGCUAACGCUACCUUGAUAGCUAGCGCUAGCUGGCUAUCAACACGGUUGUCACUGCCGGGGAACAAACCCGAGUAGCCGUGACAACAGUGUGUUGGGAGGGUAGGAGGAAACGGCGGUUAAACGCUGGAGCGUGUGAUCAAACAACCGGAUAGUCGCUAAUAUGAGUGGACCGGGGCAGGACAGCGAGCCAGAGGCGAAAGUCCUUCUCAUCAAGCGGCUUUACAGGGCUGUGGUGGAGUCCGUGCACAAGCUGGAUGUCAUCAUCGGCAGCAAAGCAUCCUACAGGGAGGUCUUCAAGCCGGAGAACAUCAGCCUUCGCAACAAGCUGAGGGAGCUUUGUGUGAAACUGAUGUUUCUCCACCCUGUCGACUAUGGCCGUAAGGCUGAGGAGUUGCUCUGGAGGAAGGUAUACUAUGAGGUCAUCCAGGUUAUCAAGACCAACAAGAAGCACAUCCAUAGUCGUAGCGCUUUGGAGUGUGCCUACCGUACACACCUGAUCGCCGGGGUUGGUUUCUACCAGCACCUACUGCUCUACAUCCAGUCACAUUACCAGCUGGAGCUGCAGGACUGCAUCGACUGGACCCACGUCACAGACCCGCUGAUCGGCCGAAAGAAACCUGUGUCAGCCACCCCUAAGGAGAUGGAGUGGGCACAGAUGGCCUGUCAUCGCUGUCUGGUCUACCUUGGAGAUCUAGCCCGUUACCAGAACGAGCUUGCUGGAGUGGAGGCUGAGCAGCUGGCAGAGAGGUUUUACCAUCAGGCCCUGUCUGUCAUGCCGCAUGUGGGAAUGCCUUUUAACCAACUUGGCACACUGGCAGGGAGCAAGUUCUACAAUGUUGAAGCAACCUACUACUACCUACGCUGCAUCCAAUCAGAUGCCCCCUUCGAGGGCGCCUAUGGCAACCUGAAGCGUCUGUUUGACAAAGCUGCCAAGAUGUACCACCAGGUGAAGAAGCAGGAAAUGAAGAAGCUAUCUCCAUCUCGACAAAGAUCAAAAGACAUUAAGCGUCUCCUGGUGAGCUUCAUGUACCUCCAGAGCCUGCUGCAGCCCAAGAACAGUCUGAUGGAGACAGAGCUGACGUCGCUCUGCCAGUCGGUGCUGGAGGACUUCAACCUGGUGCUGUUCUACCUGCCCCCUCCAGCACACGGUGGUUCUCACCACUCCCCCAGCGAGGAAGAGGAGGAGCAGCAGCAGCAGCAGCAGCAGCACACUGACAGCUCCUGCCCCGUGCUGCCCGACACCCUCGUCUUCAAGAUGGUGGUUACUUGUCUGAUGGUGGUGCACAGCCUGAAGAGGGGAGGAUCGAAGCAGUAUAGUGCGUCCAUAGCUUUUACUCUGGCCCUGUUCUCCCACCUGGUGAACCACGUGAACAUCCGGCUGCAGGCUGAACUGGAGGAAGCGGAGAGCCAGGUGCCUCCACUUCACACUGACGCUACAGAUGACCUGGAGAUGAGGGAUUUGUCAGCUCCACCGACAGUUCAGUGUGACGAGAGGCCUCUGCAGAAUGGUUCCCUGGAGCAAGAGGAUGAUGAGGAGGAAGAGGCAAAGGAUGAAGAUGGCUGUGAAAGGGUUGGUGCCAAGAAGCACAGCAGCGUGGAAGAACAGCGCAAGUUGGAAGAGGACAAACAGAGGCAGAAGAAGAAGUACACCCGCCUCUCUCGACUCCGCCGACGCCGCUGCGCCCGCAAGGACGGCCGAGGAGAGGACGAAAGCGACCUAAGCGAAGGCUUUGAGAGUGAAGAAGAUGAAGAUGAUGAUGAAGAGAAGAGAGGCCGUGCUGAUUCAACAGGCGGCACAACGACGGGAAUGCCCCUCAAUCCUUCCUCUAACAGGAAGGAGACUAAGAGAGACCCCCUGGGUGAGGAGGGCAGCUGGGGGAGUGGCUCAGAGGAAGAGGAGGAGGAAGGAGGAACAGCGUUUGAUGUAGAGACCGACUCAGACAUGAACAGCCAGGAAUCUCGCUCAGAUUUGGAAGACAUGGAGGACACGGAGAACUCGGACAAUUUGGAGGGCCAGGCCCGGGAACACCAGGACGAAGAGGAAGAUGAAGAGCAAACCAAGGAAGAAGGAGGCGACAGGGAUGGUGAUACCCCUCCGACCACCAACGGGCCCCUCAUGCCCAGCGACUCCAGCAUCAGCAGUAACCUCCAGGCCAUGUCCUCACAACUCUUCCAGGCCAAGCGCUGCUUCCGCCUGGCACCGACCUUCAGCAACAUGCUGCUGAGGCCUCAAGCCUCAUCUUCCUCGGAUAUCCCCACCCCUACUGACGCUUCUGCUCCCCCCUCCCAAGAGACCCCUCCUCCUCCUGGGGAUUCACCCUGUAACAUGAACCCUGGUACUGCCAACGGAACCAGUGAACAUGACUUGGACUCCGACUCAGAAGGUAGCCAGCACAGCACUCAGUCAGUGCAUAGUGAAAAAACCCUGUUAGAGAAGCUGGAGAUUAUGACCAAUCAGGGGUUGAUCCAAGUGGUGAAGGUUUUUAUUGACUGGCUAAGGACCAACACUGACAUUAUCCUCAUGUGUGCACAGAGUUCUCAAAGUCUGUGGAACCGACUGUCUGUGCUGCUCAACCUGCUACCAGAUGGCAGCAAAAUGCUCGAGGCUGAGCUUGGCCUGAACGCAGAGGUGACAGAGCUGUUAAAUGAGUGUGAGCAGCCGGGUUUGGUCCAGAGUCUGCUGCUGCCUGAGGAUUUGGCUCUGCGACACCUGCCUGCUCUAAACGUAGCUCACCGCCGCCUUGACUUUACUCACCGCAACCCUUCCCUCAGCCCCUUACAGGAGUGUGUGGUGCGAGUGUGCUGCAUUCGCAGUUUUGGCCACUUCCUCACAAAUCUCCAAGGCAACGUGCUGCACUUCAACCCGGAGGCGGGCAUCUUCACCAGCAUCAGCCAGUCUGAACAGGAUAAUCUGGUGCAACAGGCCAAGGCCCAGUUCCGAAUGGCUGAAGAGGAAGCUCGUCGAAAUCGCUUAAUGAGGGAUAUGGCCCAGCUUCGACUACAGUUGGAGGUGUCGCAGCUAGAGGGCAGCCUCCAGCAGCCUAAGGCACAGUCGUCCAUGUCUCCCUACCUGGUGCCAGACACAGCUGCUCUCUGCCAGCAUCUGAACCUGAUCCGACAGCUGGCCGGCAGCGGCUGCUUCAUCAUCAUCAUCCCACGGACAGUAAUUGAUGGACUUGACAGACUGAAGAAGGAGAACGCCGGAGCGAGGGAUGGCAUCCGCUUCCUGGAGUCUGAAUUUCGCAAAGGCAACAGGUACAUACGCUGCCAGAAGGAGUCGGGUCGAAGUUUUGAAAGAGAUAAACUGAAACGGCAGGACAUUGAAGCCUGGCAUCUAUACAAGAUGGUGGACAGUUGUCGGCAGUUGACAGUCUCCCAGAACAACGGAGAUGAAGAUACAGCCGGCAUGGUGACCAUUCUUACCGGCCAUCAAGUGGAAGAGCUUUGCACUCGGUCAGCAGCGAUGAAGGCGGCGAUGCAGGCGGCUGGCUCGGCGGGCAUGGAGCUGAAGAACAUCGUGGAGUUCUACCGUCAGUGGAAGGAGAUCGGCUGAGAGGUCAAAAGGGGGGUAGCUGUCAGUGCUGCGAACAGCUGAUCGAUCACAACACUCGCUCCCUCUCUCUCUCUCCCACUCUUUUGCUCUGUGUGUAUCUGCGUCUCCAAAGGCAAAAAAAAACAACUCAAAAGAAAGCUGCAUCGAAGGAAAAGAGGUAAAGCUUAGAGAGCUGGAAAAGUAAAUACAGUGGAGUAAAAAAAUAAAAAAUAGAGAAAUGUGGGCGACAUGGCGCUAUAAGAAACAGCAGAUCUCCCACUCCCAAUCCUAAACAUAAAGAGUGACCCGUGGUGGUCGGGGUGAGGACACAGUGGGGGGAUGCUAAACAACUUUUAAGUGCCCCUGGUUCACACCCUAACCAGGAAUACACUGUAUAUGUUAGCAAACGAGUACAUACUUGUCGAGAGAGAAACCGCACACACACAUAAACACACUCGCGCUCAGAUGAAUCCAUAUAGAUAUUUAGAGCAGUGGUUUGGAUUUCUGUUUUCCCCCUUUCCCCUUUCCCUUCAGUCUGUAUUUGAAAAAAACAGGGUCAGGAAUGUGCGAGUCUGGUAGGGCUGCGGUUUGUAAAGUCGAGGGUGUAUGAAGACAUCUUUGAGAUAGAGGAAAACACUCUCUGUCCAGCUGACACCCCGAGUCUUCCAGCCUUCAAAAACAAACCAGUGGUCUCGUAGCUCAUAGGCCGGAAAGGUUGAGGAAGACAGAUGUACACUUCUUCGGGAUCGGUUUCUUUCCUAUAUGGCUUUUUUAAAUUUUAUUUGGUUUUGUUUUUCUUUAUUUGCGGUGUAAUUUUGUGACCAGUGACUUAUGUAUUGUGCUAUCUCUAUUUGAGAAAAUGGAAAAAAAAAACACGACAGGUGUCGCCCUGUUAAAGGUUUUAAUUUGGAUUUUAUUUUUGUACCCAAAUGAUGUUGUUUAUUUUGCUUUUUGUAAAGCUAAAGCUAAAUCUGAAUGAUAUAUGCAAGAAUGUCUAAACGAAAGGGAAAGGGUUGUUAUCGUCUGUUGAUCCACUGAACAAGUUCUUCAGAUCUGAGGAAGAAAAAAAAAAACCG